AUGGGCAAUUCGAUGACUUCUGAGCUGGCGUUUGCUUUCGCCAGCCUCUCGCCUACAACCGUCGCUGCGGGAUUCGCUGCAUUCCUUGUUCUGUCGGUGCUGUUCAAUGUGCUGAAACAGAUCCUGUUCAAGGACCCCAAGAGACCGCCUGUCGUGUUCCAUUGGUUUCCGUUUGUGGGAAGCACUGUUACCUACGGUAGACAGCCGCUGAAGUUCCUGCAGGACUGCAAAGAAAAGUACGGCGAUGUCUUCACCUUCAUCCUGCUCGGCAAGCCGACGACCGUCUGUCUUGGGGCCCACGGAAACAACUUUGUCCUGAAUGGAAAACAGCUCGAUUUGGCCGCCGAGGAUGUGUACUCGCCAUUGACCACGCCGGUUUUUGGGUCGGAUGUCGUGUUUGAUUGCCCUCCUGCCAAGUUUAUCCAGCAAAAGAAGUUCGUGAAAGUCGGCCUCACUCCCGAUGCCAUGAGAUCAUUCGGUCGGUUAAUCGCAUUGGAGACGCAAGAAUUCAUCGCAUCGCACCAUGAUCUCCAAGGCAGCGGAGGUAUCCUGGACGUUCCCACGGCCAUGGCGGAAUUGACCCUCUACACCGCUUCUCGAUCGCUUCAGGGAAAGGAGGUUCGGAACCAGCUUGACUCUACCUUCGCAGACCUCUUCCACGAUCUCGACAUGGGCUUUACACCGAUCAACUUCAUGUUCCCAUGGGCACCGCUGCCUCGCAACCGCGCGCGCGAUCGGGCACACAACAGAAUGGCCCAGAUUUAUCUGGACAUCAUCCGCAAGCGGCGGCAGGCCGGUCCUGAAUCGAAGGACUCGGAUGAUAUGAUCUGGAACUUCAUGUCAUGCAAAUACAAAGACGGUCGGCCAAUUCCGGACAAGGAAAUAGCGCAUAUGAUGAUUGCGCUGUUGAUGGGCGGUCAUCAUUCAUCUGCGGCAACGAUUUCCUAUGCACUUCUGCAACUCGCAUCGCACCCUGCGAUUGUAGAAGACCUCUACCAGGAACAGCAGCGUGUUCUGGGUCCCUCACUUGAGCUGACCUACGACGGUCUCCGGGACUUGACCCUGAAUCAAUUCGUGAUCAAGGAAACCCUGCGUCUUCACAACCCCAUCCAUUCGAUUCUGCGACAGGUCAAGCGACCAGUGGUCAUGGAGGGCACACCCUACGUAAUUCCCCCAUCUCAUGUCGUCCUGGCGUCCCCUGCCAGCAGCGCCAUCGACCCUGCUUACUUCCCGAACCCACUGAGCUGGGACCCGCACCGCUGGGAAAGCAAAGCGGCGCAACACGAAAUUGGCGAGGAUGACGAUGACGAAGAUGCCAAGGGUAACAAGAUUGGCAAGGGCGCUAACAGUCCGUAUCUCCCGUUUAGCGGCGGAAGACAUCGUUGUAUCGGCGAACGCUUUGCAUAUCUGCAGCUGGGUGUGAUCCUGGCCAUUUUCGUUCAGAAUUUCAAGCUGCGGAAUCUCCCUGGCGUCCAGGGGGCCCCGGAGACCGACUACUCUUCUCUAUUUUCUCGGCCCCUGGCUCCGGCAAAGGUGGUCUGGGAGAGACGGGAUCGGUCGAAGACAGCAUGA